AUUGCCGCCAACAGCUAAAUGUCAGACCUUUGGCAAAGUGUGCGCGCCGCCCUGCGCCACACGGCGAUGAUGGGUGGACCCGAGCGGAGCGGAGCGAUAGGGCGCAUUCCUUAAUUUCCCUUCAACGCCGCUUCUCCCCCCAACCACUCUCCCCCCACCACUCUCUCCAGCCCUGGACACACGACGAGACCGCGGGACCGCUGUGUUUCCCGUUCACACACGAGGAUUGAUCCGAUGUAUUAUUUACGACCGAAACUUCUGCAACUUAUCCACUGGAUAUGGCUCCCGGUUUGAGGAGUGGGCGGACAGGUCACCCCAAAUUGGUGGGAGCGGACCCCGGCGGAUGCUCGCCGCGAAGGACGGACGCCGGAGGAGAGGGGAGGUCUUUGAGGACCAGGUGGCGAGCCGGAGCAGCGGGGAUGUUUGCAAACCGGCUGCUGUCUGCGGGGACGCUUUUACUUCUUGUCCGGUGCGCUAUGGCAGCAGAGGAAAAACCCACCUAUGAUGCCUCUGGCUCCUCGUCUUUACCAAGCGACCCUGCAGUCACAGCUGCUUCUGCUCAUCCAUUGGCUGACCUGUCUGUGGCAGAAGAGGUGCCUUUCUCGGUCGUCCAUUCAGAUGGUAACUCGGAGUCUGAGGGGGAAGGUUUAUCAGGGCAGCCUGCCUUUUCUUCUGUCUUAACUGUCAUGGCAGGAACUGUCAAACAUCCAGUGAGCCUUGAUCAAAGUAGGACCUCGCCGACCAUCACUAGGGAUGAGACCCAAACCACCCAAUGGCCUUCACAUAGUUCCAGCCAGGGCUCAGAAAUGUCCUCCUCAUCGUCGUCUGCACAAGAUAAGAUCUCCGCCGCUAGCUCAGAGGCGGGGACAGAUGGGUUAACCGCUGGAACAUCCAGAGCAGAUGCGUUCACUUUCCCCAAAGAAAAAGUGGCCAGUCCAGCCCCCUCUCAAUCAGUCAGAAUUACCCUUUCUGCUGGGCCCACCGAGAGGACAUCUCAGGUAUCACCUCUACCCCCUCGACAGGACACCACUAAAGCCUCUGCCAAGCUUACCACCGCAACUGUAGCUUCAACCACCAAAACUAAAAACCCCACCACUACCACGCCUUCCCUAAGAGUCACCACCACCACACAGUUGACCACCACUACCACACCACAGCCCACACCUGUGACCACGAGAACGACGACAACUACAACCAUCAAGACUCCAACCAGCAGGAGAACGUUCACACCACCUGUCCCCGGAACUAGCCCUCCCAGGGGGACCACCACACUCUUUAUUUCCCCUUUUACCACCACCACAGAGGCUCCACCACAGCAGUGCAAUAUCACAGAGAGAUUAUGGGUGAAAACAGUUGUUUCCAUCUAUGUGAGGAGAAACAGGCUGGACAGCAUUCAGAGGCAGAAUCUGCGAAGGGGACUAAGUCAGGGCCUCCGAAAAGCUCUGAAUGAUAGUUCAGCCCAGGCUCAGGUGGAGACAGUAUUUGGUUCUCCCAACAUGACAGUGGCUUAUCACGUGACUGGAGGGGACAUGGUUUACCCUCCCUCCGUAGUGCUGGAAGCCUUGGACUCCUAUGGCCGUGACAAGCUGAUUGCAGACCUGCGACAAUACCUCCCCAUGGUAACAGCCCUGCCCCUCCCAGCUGCAUCAUGGAGACCCAGCCCAGCCCCUGGCUUCCAAUUGAAAACAGUGCUGCAGUUUGUGGGAGCAGGAGAUGAUCCCCGGUCCUGUCGGUUCUCUCAAAUGAUGGAACAGAGGCUUGAGAAGGUGUUUUCUGAAGCGCAGGCCAAAGUGCUUAACACCAACAGCAGACUCUCUGUUCAGAUGCUGAGUGUCUCCCAGGCAGCAGGCUCUCCUGCUGUGUCAUUGGUCUACACUGUGAAGAAUGGGACUGUCUUCCUUAAUGGCACCACUGCCUCAAACCUCCUUGGUCAGCUGUCAGCUGAGCUGGUGGGCUACUUCCUCUUCUAUCCACCACUUGUCAUUUCUGAGCCAAUGGAGUACCACAAUCUGAACACCUCCAUUGCUACCAGAGACUUCUGGGUUAUUACAGUGAUCCAGGAUGUGGAUAACGCCAGCCUGGAGGGACAGUACCAAAGCUUUGCCAGUCUAAUGGAGCAAAGGCUGGCUGAGCUGUUUGUGUUGGCAGGCCAGCAGGGUACUCGUUUCAGACGAGCCACUGCUGUAGGCAGCUACACUGUCCAGAUGGUGAGCAUCCGUAGGGUGUCAGGGUCAAAGAAUCCAGCAGAGAUGACCUACUAUGUCCAGCACAAUGGCAUUCCUUUAUCGGGCACGUCAGCUGCCAAGGUCCUGAACACAGUGGAUUCUCAGACCAUGGUGCUCACCCUGGGCUACUUUGUCCAGCUGCAAGCAGAACCUGUGGUCAAGAACCCACCUAAUAACCUUUGGAUAAUCGCUGCAGUGUUGGCCCCCAUCGCUGUAGUAACACUCAUUAUUAUCAUCAUCACAGCUGUGCUGUGCAGGAAGAAUAAAAAUGACUUUAAAGCGGAUGCCAUCGGCAACCUCAAUCCCCGAGCUAAGAUGGCGUAUCGGAGGGAUGUGGGCUAUUAUCACCAGCCGGUCCAGGGUUUCGACUAUGCCAAGCAGCACCUGGGCCAACAGGGAGGGGAUGAGGAGACCCUGCCUGUCAGUCAGGAUACCUUAGUGAUGUCUCUACAAAUUCGGGACACACCACUUUCACUAGAAAAGGCCCUACAGCAAGACGGAACUGCCAACAAGAAAAGCCUCACCACCGACAAACACACAAGCAAGUUGCCGAGCGAGGACGGUUCCGUCAUCAGCAACGAAUCAGAGAAGCUGAAUUCCGGCAGGGGCUUGACAGUGUUGAAAGUCACAGCACAGCAGAAACUGACAAAGGAGGAGAUGCGCAGGAGGGACGAUCCAUAUGACACCUCCUCUGGCUCCCUGCAGCUUAUUUCCAUAAAGCCCAUGGCGGCUCAGCCCAACUACUCACACCCGGCUUCCACUGACCGCAGCCAGGACUCUGCCAUCGUCAACGGAGAGGUGAACUUGGCUCUGAAGCAGAAGUCAGACAUUGAGCACUACAGGAACAAGCUGAGGCUGAAGGCAAAGAGGAAGGGCUAUUAUGACUUUCCCUCCACUGAUGGCAGCAGCAGCGGUCGAGCUCUGCCGCAGAGACAGCGGCACGGCAAUGAGAGGGCAGCCGGUGAGCAUGGCAGACCACUGGAGCCUGAUGAUGAGCGAGGUUCCACUUAUGUCAAGUCUCACAGGAGGCACUCCCAGGUAGGGCAAACGGCCUAUCGCAGCAGACAGAGUCUCAGCAGUCCCAGUCCGGGAGGAACAGAGAUGGACCUGCUUGUUAUGAGGGAGCGACCAAGGAGAGGCAUUCGCAACAACGGAUAUGAUACUGAACCUGAGUUGAUCGAAGAGACGAAUGUUGACCGUCUAAUGGGGCCGCGGGGAUACAUGUAUGGCCGGGGCUUGAAAGGCCACUCAGAGACAUCUACUCUGAGCUCUCAGCCGUCCAUUGACGAAGUGCGACAGCAGAUGCACCUGCUGCUGGAGGAGGCAUUCAGCCUGGCUUCAGGGGGGCAGUCCACAUCCGGAAGGCACUCCCAUCACCACCACGCAUCUCCUGACCACUACAGCCCUGCACCGCCUCCCCUCCCCUACGCAGACGUGGUGACCAGCGCCCCAGGUACAAUGAGCUGUGGACGGAGAGGCUUGCAGUGGGUACCAUCUUAUGGCACAGACGUAUAUCAAUGCAGCCUGCCCAAACCAGCCUUUCACUUCACCCAGCUCCCUGAGAUGGCCAUGGGUUCUCCUCCACCUUUACCACCUCGCACUGGACCUCCUCCUGGGACCUCCUUAAGACGUUCCACUUCUGACGUGGGGCCUAAAGGAAGGAGCUCAGAGACAUCUGUCACUGAAAUGCAGAGUCAACAUGACAAAAACCCAUAUGGGCCAACUACUAGAGCAGCACUUCCAUCUAUCACUGCAGAGCAGCCUGUGUCCAACUACUCAGGAAACCCAAUAACAGCCGUCUAUGCCAUCCCAGCCACCAGGUCCGGCUACUCAGAAUACUUUGUCUCCACACCACCCACCUCCUACCACAGUCCCUCCUGGAUGUCCUAUCCACCAGAGCCUGAGGAUGUGCCGCCACAGUGGGCCGACUCUUUGCCCCUGCCUGGGUAUGUAGAGGCUUUUCCUCAUCCUCGCUACCCACAGGGGAGCCCCACCAGGCUGCCCCUGCAGUAUAACCAGGCACUGGAGCCGCCGCCCACUGGCCCUAGCACAGCUUCUCAGCAAAGCCUGCCCGAGGUGGUGAAGGACAUGGACAGCAUGCACCUGAGUAGCCUCUCCACCUCUGCACUCGUGCAGGCUAUCAGGCAGGAGGUGGCCAAGCUGGCGAAGAAGCAGAACGACGUGUUUGAGUUCUAGAUUUAACUCUGCCCCCUUGUGUGCUGGAGAUGGUUAACUGUGCAUUGGUCUUCAACAGAGGCACACAAAGGUGGUACUCCUUAAGACUGAUUUUUGAUGUUUGUACUGUAAAACGGACUAAUCUUCUUUACCCACUGGUUACCCUCUGAUUGAUUUCUUUUCGGACACCAUUGGUGUUUUGCAGCCUCUGAUGGAACAGAAUGGAACAAAUUUUUUAGAAAAAAAUGCUAUCCUCUAUUGAUGAUGUCCAAAGUAACUACAUGCAUCUUUGUAGAUAUGUCAAUAGGAUAUACUAAAUAUGGAAAUGUAAUUUUUUCCAGGAUUAGACAUUUUUUGUGAAUCAGCAUCAACUGAGAAGAGAGAAAAAGUAGCAUUAUUGUGCUUCCUGAGAGGAACAAAUGCUUCCUGUCAGAUGGUUAAGUAUAAACCACAGUGUAUAUGAGCAUGUACAGUAUUAGGACAUCAUGUAUCUUAUCUCCUUUUAUAGACCAUUAGUUUCAACGGGCUAUAUCAGUAUCAGUUAUUUCAAGCAUCUAUACCAUAUCGAAGUACCACGUCACUUUUCACAAGUUCUUCAGUUUAUUUUCAUAUCACAUAUUAGUAUAUGAAUUUUUAGUUUAACCCAAUUGAACAUGAAAUAAGUUGCAUCUAUGGCAAUGUAACAUGUAGAUGGAAAUGUUUACCUUGAUGUAUCUGCAAUAGAGGGAAGCAUUUAUGCUUGCAAUAUUGUUUGGGUGUACACAAGGGUUUAUUGACUUGUGUGACAUUGAUAUAAAUGUUUUGAAAACAGUAAUGGAUGGUUAUUAUUGUACUUAAAUACUUAAAACACAAAUUUGACUUAGCUACAUGUUUCUCUUUUCUUGAAGAAAAAGACAAAAACACUUACAAAAACCCAAAUGGUUAAACGUUAAUAAGUUAAUUCAUAUUUGCAGCUGGAUGGAAAUCAUAGAGUUGCAGUUUUAUAUCAAGCCCAGUGGUUUUAAGAUGCACAGAUGGUUCAAUGCACAUACAACCCCAAAACUUUGGUCAUAAAACAAUUCUCUUUUCUGCUGGAAGUAGUGCCACUGUUUCUUGUAAAGUUAAACUAUAAAGAAGGUGAGUCUACCAUUUGUUUACUGGCCUUAAGACAUCCUAACGGUCUCACUGGGUGCAUUUCAUGAAUAAAAUACAAAGUUCAUGUAAGCUAUUGACCUAAUGAGAGGUCCUUAAUCAGUACUCCUGUUCUAAGAAGUUUUAAGUGCACAAACCCUGAUGUCUUUGUGUAAUAUUGUGAAUGUCUGCCUGAGCGUCCACUCAGAUUGAGUGUACAGGACAGCACCUGUGUUUGUCCAAGAACUGUUUCAGAAGCAAUGUGUUCAGUGUGAACUUAUAAAUGUGGAACAUCAGUGUGUCCUGGAAUCAUCCGGUUUGUGAAGGUGCAAAGUGCAUAUAUGCUGAGGUAGACAUUUAUCAUAAAAAAAUAAUCUCAUGUUUGAAAACUGCUUCAUCACAUUAAUCUCAAUUAUAUUUUAUCAACACAACAGUACAUGAAAGCCUGACAUAACAACAUACGAGGUGACCUGUUAAAAUAGUUAAAAUUUGAUUUUUUUAAAAAGCCUACAAACAUAAGAGCAAAGAAUUUAGGAUUAGGACCCAGGUGUAAAACAGAUGCAAUGUAAAACACAAAGUAAAGUUCUGGCGAGAAUGCAGUUCUUAUAGUACAUGUUAAACAAAAGACCCAAACUUCUGAUUGCUACUGAAAGAAAAGAGACCCAUAUGUGUCAGAAUUAUUCCAGCAGCGACAUGGAGGAAGGAGGUCAAUUCUUUAUUUAGUGGACGAUCGGGGCAUUCAAGGAUACAACUAACCUUUUCAUGACAUGCUUCAUUUAAUAUCUUGAAGCUAAUUGCCCAAUUAGCCAUCUUUAUUUAGUAUGUUUUGAGAUCAGGCAAAGGCCAUCGUACCAGGGCAGUUCAUUAGAUAAAACUAUGAACUAUUCAACAAAAUCCUAUAAAAACAAAGUCAUUAAAUCAUUGCACACAUAAGAGGAAUUCAUCAAGACUCAUAACUCAUUUUUCAAUGUGACAUAAAAGCCAUCACUAGGUUAUGAUUAAUUCUUAAUGCAGAAUUGCUGGCUUGGAAAUGGAAAGUGGGACUGACUGCAGAUGAGUGCAUGUAGGCCUAUACUGUAGCAGGGGUGCUGCGAUAUGUUUGCAUCAACAUUCAGAUGCUAUCGAUUACCUACUUGACUAUGUUAUUGAAAAUCACAUGGACUGCUUUGCUGAUUGUUAUGUUAAUAAAUGCUGUCAUAAGAAAAAUUGUGACAUAAGAAAGAAAACUAUAAGUGAAAAUGCCUUUAAAUCAUUAUUUCCUUUCAUAUGACAGUACUGCUGUUACAUCCAUCAUGAAGGAAUUUAGCCUUUUUGCAUUAUGACUUUUAGGCAAACCCUCCUUCUCUUCCAAUAAAAGUUCUUUUAUACUCAUGCCUGUUGGUGUGUAAGUAAGGUAUAAGGAAAUACUCUUAAACUCAACAUGAACUUUGUUGUUGCUUGUUUUCCCAAGGUUCCUUUUACCCAUAAUUCAGAGGAGCACUUAAUGUCUUAAGAACUGUACUAAUUACAGUGAAACCAUUUUUUGUGUAUACCAGAAGUGAAAACCUUUCCAUAUUCUCAUGAUGGAAAACAUAUUAAAUAAAAGGGUUUUAGGUGGUUUAUUGGUUUAGAAAAAAAAUGAAUAUUUAUUCUAUAAAAUGAAAUAUGAAGUGAGCUAAAUCUAUUAAAAAUUAAUGUCUUUUUCUCUUCCUGACUGGUUUUCUCAUUUCCUUUUCAUCUGCUUGAUCUUGUUAUAUUUGAUAUUCCUCAGAUGUUGAUCUGACAGAGAGACCUUGAGACAUAUGGUGAAUAAAAGAAAUAUUAGCCUACAUGAUUAAAAUCAAAUAAAAGAUUU